AUGGUGAAGGUGCGCAUGAACACGGCCGAUGUGGCCGCCGAGGUCAAGUGCUUGCGGAGGCUCAUCGGCAUGCGCUGUGCCAAUGUCUACGAUCUCUCUCCAAAGACCUAUAUGUUGAAGCUUAUGAACAGUAGCGGUGUCACCGAGUCCGGCGAGAGCGAGAAGGUCUUUUUGUUGAUGGAGAGUGGCGUCAGAUUGCACACUACUGCAUAUGUUCGGGACAAAAGCAAUACUCCCUCUGGGUUUACACUGAAAUUGAGGAAGCAUAUACGCACAAGAAGGCUUGAGGAUGUGCGGCAGCUUGGAUAUGAUAGGAUUGUUCUCUUUCAAUUUGGGCUGGGUGCUAACGCCUACUACGUCAUAUUGGAGCUAUAUGCCCAAGGAAAUGUUAUUCUUGCAGAUUCUGAUUUUAUGGUCAUGACUCUUCUUCGCUCGCAUAGGGAUGAUGAUAAAGGGGUUGCGAUCAUGUCACGCCAUCGUUAUCCAAUUGAAAUUUGUCGAGUUUUUGAGCGAACUACUGCUGCAAAGUUGCAGGAAGCCCUUACGUUUUCUAAGGAACCUGAUAACAACGAAUCUGUUAAGGAUCAAGAAGGUGCAAAUAAUGUGUCUGAUGCACCGAAAGAGAAAAAAGGUAGUCGUAAAGGUGGGAAGCCUGCUGAGUCAUGUAAAAAUACUGGUGAUGCUAAAGCCAAACAGGUCACCUUGAAGAAUGUUCUUGGGGAGGCAUUAGGCUAUGGACCUGCUCUUUCUGAGCAUAUUAUAUUAGAUGUUGGCCUCAUUCCAAAUACAAAACUUUGUAAUGAGAACAAGUUAGAUGAUGAUACAAUUCAGCUUUUGGUCGAAGCUGUUGCAAAGUUUGAGGACUGGCUGCAUGAUGUUAUAUCAGGUGAUAAAGUUCCUGAAGGGUACAUUUUGAUGCAGAACAAAAAUUCAGGGAAGAGUAAUCUCCCAUGUGAACCAGGAAGUUCUGGCCAGAUAUAUGAUGAAUUCUGCCCCAUAUUAUUGAACCAAUUCAAAUCAAGGGAGCAUGUGGAGUUUGAAACGUUUGAUGCUUCUUUGGAUGAAUUUUAUAGCAAAAUUGAGAGCCAAAGGUCAGAACAACAGCAAAAGGCGAAAGAGAGCUCUGCCACCCAUAAGCUCAACAAAAUACGCGUGGAUCAGGAAACUCGUGUUCAUAUGCUAAGGAAAGAAGUUGAUCAUUGCGUUAAUAUGGCGGAAUUGAUAGAAUAUAAUCUAGAUGAUGUGGAUGCUGCUAUAAUAGCUGUUCGUGUAGCUCUAGCAAAGGGCACGAGUUGGGAGGAUAUUGCUAGAACGGUGAAGGAGGAGAAGAAAUCUGGAAACCCUGUUGCUGCUAUCAUUGACAAGCUUCAGCUGGAGAGGAAUUGCAUGACAUUACUGCUGAGCAACAAUCUUGAUGAAAUGGAUGAUGAUGAGAAGACUCUCCCUGCAGACAAGGUGGAAGUUGAUUUAGCACUUUCAGCACACGCCAAUGCUCGGCGGUGGUAUGAACUAAAGAAAAAACAGGAGAACAAACAGGAGAAGACUGUAACAGCACAUGAAAAAGCAUUUAAAGCUGCUGAGAGAAAGACUCGUCUCCAGCUGUCACAGGAAAAAGCUGUUGCUACCAUUUCACAUAUGCGCAAGGUUCACUGGUUUGAAAAAUUUAACUGGUUUAUCAGCAGUGAGAACUAUUUGGUUAUCAGUGGACGUGAUGCUCAACAAAAUGAGAUGAUAGUCAAGCGUUAUAUGUCAAAAGGAGAUCUGUAUGUCCAUGCAGAGUUGCAUGGGGCUUCUAGUACGGUGAUAAAGAACCACAGGCCUGAACAACCGGUGCCUCCACUUACUUUAAACCAAGCUGGAUGCUUCACAGUUUGCCACAGCCAGGCGUGGGAUUCAAAGAUUGUCACUAGUGCUUGGUGGGUUCAUCCUCACCAGGUCAGUAAAACUGCUCCUACGGGGGAGUAUCUGACAGUUGGGAGUUUCAUGAUUCGUGGGAAGAAGAACUUUCUUCCCCCACACCCUCUAAUUAUGGGCUUUGGGUUGUUGUUCCGGUUGGAUGAGAGUUCCUUGGGUUCACAUCUAAAUGAGAGGAGGGUAAGAGGUGAGGAGGAAGGGACGAAUGAUGUUGAUGAAAGUGGGCCUCUAAAAGAGGUAUCUGAUUCUGAGUCGGAGAAGGAAGUUGCAGAGGAAAAACUUGCAGAAGAAUCAAAAAUCACUCCUGAUUCAGCUAUACCAAUCCAACAACCAGUUCAGAAAGACCUAUCUGAGGCUAUGUCCUCUCAGCACGGAUUAACUACAACCAUUGAUAAAGUGCAAGACUCACAUGAAAUUCCCAAGAAAGACAGGACCUUAAAUGAUUCUGAUCAGAAAAAUGUAGUUAAUGUCGCUGUAAACGGUGUUGCAUCUGUCACCCCACAACUUGAGGAUCUCAUUGAUAGAGCUCUUGGGCUUGGAUCGGCAGCUAUGUCCGUUAAGAAUUAUAGUGUUGAACCCUCUCCAGUUGAUUUGGUAGUGGAACAUAAUGUUGAAGAGAAUAAGGCUGCAGUAAGAGAGAAACCUCAUAUCUCAAAAGCUGAAAGAAGAAAGCUCAAGAAAGGCCAGACCAGUAGUGUUUCUGAAGAACAUGCUAAGCAGCGAAACGAAAAAUUGAAACAUGAUGUUUCUGCGAGUCCGCCUGAAAAGGAAGUUCAUGAUAAGAAGCCAGGUGGUGGAAAAGUUGGUCGUGGACAGAAGGGUAAACUCAAGAAGAUGAAAGGGAAGUACGCUGAUCAGGAUGAGGAAGAAAGAAGGAUCCGUAUGGCUUUACUAGCUUCUGCUGGAAGAGUACAGAAGAAUGGAGAGCCACAAAAUGAAAAUUCAGCUCCAGCUGAAGAUAAGAAACCCGGUCCUGAGGAUGCUCCAAAAAUAUGCUAUAAAUGUAAAAAGCCAGGUCAUCUGUCCCGGGAUUGUCAAGAACAUCAAGAUGAUUCAUUACAUAGUCAUGCAAAUGUUGGAGUUGAAGAUGACCCUCUGGGUUUGGAUAAAUCUGCUUCUGAACUAGACAAGGUGACAAUUGAGGAGGAUGAUAUUCAUGAGAUAGGUGAAGAAGAAAAAGAGAAAUUAAAUGAUGUGGAUUACUUGACUGGCAAUCCACUGCCCAGUGAUAUUCUGUUAUAUGCGGUCCCUGUCUGUGGUCCUUAUAGCUCAGUCCAAUCUUACAAAUAUCGUGUGAAGAUAACUCCUGGCUCUGUGAAGAGAGGGAAAGCUGCAAAAACUGCCAUGAAUUUGUUUAGUCACAUGACGGAAGCAACAGUUAGAGAGAAAGAGUUGAUGAAAGCAUGCACUGAUCCUGAGCUGGUUGCUGCAAUUAUUGGCAAUGUGAAGAUAACAUCUGCAGGCCUCACUCAAUUGAAGCAGAAGCAAAAGAAAGUCAAGAAGAGCAACAGCAAAGCUGGAAGCUAG